GCCAGAGACGCAGCGGAGGCGCUCCAUGGUCCGUAGUUUUUCAAGAUGUCGUCGCUAGAACAGAGACUCUCCCGAAUCGAGGAGAAACUAAAGCAGGAGAAUAAAGAAGCGCGCCGACGGAUCGAUCUCAACAUCGACAUGAGCCACCAUCCCUCGCGUCCGAGGCCGAUCAUCGUGAUCCAGCUCAGUCCCGCUCCAGCCCCUUCCCAGCGUGCAGCUUUACAGCUGCCUCUGGCCAACGAUGGAGGGAGUCGAUCGUCGUCAUCCGAGAACUCGCCUCAGCACCACCCGUACCCGAGUCGGCCACGGCACAUGCUAACUCUACCCACGCCACCGUACAGCCUACAGAAGAGCCUGGAGAACGCAGAGAUCGAUCAGAAGCUGCAGGAAAUCAUGAAACAGACGGGCUACCUGAAGAUAGACGGACAGCGGUAUCCAGCAGAGGUGAGCGACCUGAUCAGUGAGGGGGAGAUCGGCAGCGGCACUUGUGGCCAGGUCUUCAAGGUGCGCUUCAAGAAGACGGGACAUGUCAUCGCAGUCAAGCAAAUGCGGAGGACAGGCAACAAAGACGAGAACAAGAGGAUUCUCAUGGACUUGGAUGUGGUUCUGAAGAGCCAUGACUGUCCUUACAUCAUCCAGUGCUAUGGUGCCAUAGUUACCAAUACUGAUGUAUUCAUUGCUAUGGAGCUGAUGGGAACGUGUGCUGAGAAGCUGAAGAAAAGGAUCCAGGGUCCCAUCCCUGAGCGCAUCCUGGGCAAAAUGACUGUCGCAAUAGUGAAGGCACUGCUGUACCUCAAGGAGAAGCAUGGAGUCAUCCACCGUGAUGUGAAGCCUUCCAACAUCCUGCUGGACGCUAAGGGCCAGAUCAAGCUGUGUGACUUUGGCAUUAGCGGCCGGCUGGUGGACUCCAAAGCUAAGACCCGCAGUGCCGGCUGUGCUGCCUACAUGGCUCCUGAGAGAAUAGACCCUCCAGACCCAAGUAAGCCUGACUAUGACAUCAGAGCAGACGUCUGGAGCCUGGGUAUCUCUCUGGUGGAGCUGGCCACCGGGCAGUUUCCCUACAAAAACUGCAAGACGGAUUUCGAGGUGCUGACCAAAGUUCUGCAGGAGGACCCACCGCUGCUCCCGCUCAGCAUGGGCUUCUCACUUGACUUCCAGUCCUUCGUCAAAGACUGCCUCACAAAGGAUCACAGAAAAAGGCCAAAAUAUCACAAGCUGCUCGAACACAGCUUCAUCCGGCGCUAUGAGGUGCAGGAAGUGGACGUGGCAGGCUGGUUCCAGGGCAUCAUGGAGCGGACGGAGUCCCCGCGGAGCAGCCAGUGUUACACCCCACAGCAGCUCCACUCCCUCUUUAGCAGGUAGCCAGAGACACAGAGAGAUGAAGGGAGCCUGGGGUGAGCACGAUGGAACUGGAGGGCAGAGGGCAGGAGGUGUGAUUGACUGAUGGGUGGGCAGGUGGACUCCAGUUUGUGGUCGUUCCCAGGACAGAUGGGCAGACAGACAUGGCUACUUGUAGACGCUCGCUCAUUUGAGCUCCAGCAGCUUCCUGCUUUGCUAUUGGAGGACUUGUUCUGAGAUUUCUAGACAUGUGGUCUCAUCCUAUACACACACAAUGUAAGUUGUCCCUAAAUAUGAAGCAUACCUGUAGUCCAAACGUACACACACUCAUACGCGCACACCAAGAUAUGUAUACACAUGCUCAGUGAAUAACAUGCAUGGCUUGAUCUAGUUUCUUCGUGUCUCUAAAUCUAAAGCGGGUCGUACGCGCCAGCUGUCGGCUGUUGAUGUGUCUUAAACCAUUCGCUACCAAAAAAAAAAAAAAAAGCUUAAAAUAAAAGAAACAAAAUAGGCCUAGAGGGUUCUUCUGUCCAGGAUGCAGGCCAGCCCUUACCAAGAUGCUAAUGAAGAAGGUCCUUGUGAGUUUACAUUUAUUCAUUUAGCAGAGUAAUGUAUUUGUAAAUGUAAAUUAUGCAUUUCU